AUGAAUAAAAAUGCAUUGACACUCAACAUGUUCAAGCAGCGUAAAUCUUGUGCGCACAAGGUUGUGGAGGCUGUGCAGGCGCAGGUGUCUAGAUUGUUAGCGGGAGGAUACAGAAGAGAGCUUGUGGACGUUGUGGCCUCGAGGGGUUUGCAGCGUUUGGCGGGUACGGCCAGACACAGAAAUAGAGAAGUCAAGUAUCGGGAGGGGGUGGUUUAUGGUAUACCAUUGACAUGUGGUUUCACUUACGUUGGCCAAACAGGAAGAUGUGUAAACGAUCGGUUAUUAGAGCACAAAAGGACAACCUAA